CAACCUGUAUGCCUCCAAGUCUCAGAGCCGGCGACCGAGCGAGACAACGCGCGCUAGCGCAUCUCGAAAAUCGAAUUUCUUUAAAACACGCGAAACAAAUCGAUAAUAAAUUUAAUCGAUAUUUUAAGUGUUAGCUGCCAGUGUUUCUAUGCAGUACUUAUUCAAUGUGAUACAAUAGUGCUGUGUUGUGAUAUUAUUAUGAUAUAAUACUGACGAAAGAAAGAUAAAAACAAAUUGGAUUUUGUGAGAAAUAGACAAGUUUGCGUGGGACGAUAUACACAGAUGAAAAGAUGACGAGGAAGUUUCUUUUCUGUUUCCCUUUAAGGGUGGGGAAUAUUAUAUUUGGAUAUAUUGUAAUACUGAUAGCAAUAGCGACAGUGGCCUUUCAUUUGUACCAGCUUGGCUUGAACGUGACCAACAACUAUUUCGAGAAGGAUGGAAAGUUCCGGAACUUCGACAAUCUUGAGAGCAUAUUUGGAUCCACAAAGGACUCACUGGAGAGGAUAAUCGUCCUUACAUAUUACCUCACGUAUAUUACGAUAGGAAUGCUGCUCUUCCUAUUUGCUAUUAUGUUUACGGCAGGCGCUUAUAAGGCGAACCAUUGUUUGGUGACAACAUUCUUCGUGUACAGCUUCUUCCACCUCUUCUUCUCAGUAAUACUAAUCAUCUGGGAAGCCCUGACUGCUGGCUGGAUACAGCUGGGAUUGGUUGCCCUGUUUGACUUGCUCCUCAUAGUUUGCCUGUUCAGCGUCAAAUAUUUGAUGGAAGCAAUCCGAACAGGGAACAUCUACUGCCGGCCAGGAGAAGUUUACUAUAAAUACUAAUUUAUUACUAAACAAUAAGACCCAAUAUUCUUUAAACAAGUCACAAGUACAGUGGAGUAAAUGUAAGAAGAAGUUGUAGAUUUGUUAUUUGAUUUUGAUACUUAUUUACAGAUCUGAUUAAGUAGGUACUUACUCAUUACUUAGCUUGUGAGGUCGAUGACCCUGUAAAUCAUAGGACACUAUUUCUUGUACUUUAUUUUGUCUCAAUUAAAAUACUAGUAUUAAGAUUUAUUUUAUGCCUCAGUUAUAAGCAUAAGAUACUCCUAUUAAAAACGUUUUUGUUUGUUCUGCCAAUGGCUUCGCCCGCGAUCCCGUGGGAUAAAAAGUCAGAUCAUACCCUAUCUCUAUAACAAAUUUCAUCAAAAUCCGUUAAGUAGUUUCGGCAUGGUUGACGAACAAACAUCUAAACACAUUUAUAGAACAUUUUAGCGCGAUUAUAUUAGCUUCUUUCGAAUAAUGACCCAUUCCAAACGUGCCACUUAAACUAGCUGAAUUCAUCACUUAAUGUUAAAACCAUGUGCCCAAAUUUAGUGUUUAAUACUUCAUUAGCUAUCCCCUAACUGUAUACAUACCGUUAGUAACAUGAAAGUAAAGCAUCUCGUGGAAGUCACAUUUGUAUCUAUGUAUGUCAUCUAAUCAAUCUUCGCAAUCUAAGUUUAAAAAUAUAAUAAUUUUCUGAAUAUGAAAAUUAAACAUCUAUUUUUGUCCGUCAGUUAGGUAAUGAAAAAAUAUUAGACAUGUAUUUUUUUUAUUUUGUCGUAUAAGAUUUAAAUCAAAUAUCAUCGAAAGUAUUUGUUUCCGUAACAAAACAAAAUACGUGACAAAAAUCAAUGUAAUAAUGUUUUAAAAUACUCUGUAAGACGGACAUUAAAAUAAAAAUUAGCAAUUUAUCCUAUUGUUGUAAAUUUUGAUCCCUCUGUCUGUGUCUAGAGAACACAAUGUCAUCUUAUUUUAUUUUUGUCUGAAAUGGAUGUCAUAGAAUAUUGAUAUAACAUGUUAUAGAUUUAAUAUCUAUGAGCUUAAAGUUACAAUUGUUAAUGUAGCUAUAAAAAAACAUCUUGAUUUUUAACGCAGUUGUAAAGGUACUGGGCUAUAAGGCACUCGGAAUAAUAAAUAUCAAAUAAUAUUCAAGUUAAAAAAAAACACAUUUAAUUUAUUAAAUAAAAAACACAACACAAGAAAUCACAACAGUCUUACAUAGUCUAUUUGAGAUGUUUAUGUAAAAAAAAAACAUAUUUUACAAAAACUGGUUUAACAAUCAUACGCAUAAUAUAGCUCAAAACAUUCCAAUAUCACAUAUUCAUCAAUCAAUCAAUCAAUCAAAAUAAAUUAUUUAAUAAAUAGUCAAUAAAUAAUGUUACGUAAACUAAAAGAUCUAUCGAUAUUUAUAUAAUAAUAAAUUGUCUAAUUGAGAA